GAAAGUCCUGACAUCGCCACAUUGCUGAAUACAAACACAACAUCCUCGCCCGUGGAUUAUAAAACCUGCUUCAAUCAAGAUAGCCACCCAUUAAAAAAAAAGAAAAAAUCACUGCUGCUCAGCUGCCAGAUCAGGACACUUCCACCACUGAUCGAGUCGUCCUCGCCACCCCAGAGACUGAGAUCCAGCUUUUGCCUGCACCUGAGAAGCUAAGACGUAACAGAGAUGGAGCGGUUUGUGACGCGAUGUGCCCUGCUUCUUUGCAUCACUGCUGCAGCCUCUGCUUCAAGUCAGACAUGCGAUCCAAAGGAGGUUAAUAACAACCCAUGGGUGUACGUGAGCGACAUGCAGAUGGGAUGCUGGACCAGCUUCGUCAGAGACGAUAUGGCAGAGGUCCACAUCAUUAACCUGAACUUUGACACAGAGGGCCACAACAUGUUCUCUCUUGAGUUCACCAACGCCAAGCCCAUGAUCCUCAUCAUCACAUCUCCGAAAGUCGUGUACGGUCUAUUUAACAUCAACAGCAACGUGAAUAUUUAUGUCAGCACAAACUCCACGGUCACGCUGCAUACCAAUCAACACCACAGCAGUUUGCACAAGCGAUACUUCCCCCCUCAAGACGAGGAGCUGGUCAAGUGGGCUCGACAGACGUUCGGGGGUGUGACUUCAUUCACUACAAUUCGAAAUCUGAAAACACUCUCAUCGACAGGAGCACCAGGAACCAAUUCUGGCCUUCCUCAGUGCGUCCUUGAAAAUGAAGAUGCAAUGGAGAAGCACUUUUUCAAGAUUGAAACAUCCUUGGCUUCUUCCCUUAAAUCCUGCUCUCCACAGCAGCAAAACCCGAGCGAUGAGGCCGAGCUUCAUAUUAUAAACAUCCCAGAGAACGCCAGCAUUCGCAAUUUGUCGCUGCGUGUGGACACACAGAAGACUAGUGUGUUCUUGAGAGGUCCGCAGGGCACCACAUGGACUUUCAUCAAUCUACAACACACCAAGUUUGGAUCGAACAAUGACAUCCUGCUGCCGGCCAUCAUGCACAGAAUCCCGCCGUCAUUUACUCUGAACAGUGACAACGCAGAGGAUGUGCAGAAGGCGGCUUUGGACCAUUUUAAAGCGAGCACGUUUACAAGCUAUACUGAAUUCAGACCCAAAGACGGCAUGAGUUUGCUGGUUCUUGGAAAAAAAGACAGCGUUGAUGGGCUUUCUCGCUCAUUUACAGAAACAACAGCGGAACCAGUCGCUCCCAAUUCGACCAGCUCCUCUAAUCAGAUGCCCCUGCUGAUGCAGCUCUACACAUCCCCAGACUACCUCUCACCCCUCGACCCAAACACCAAGGUGCAAAGCGACAAGAGAAUUUACGCAGAGAUUUCUGGGCACACACUGGGCGGCAUUGUGCUGACGAUCAAGGUGAACAACUGCUUUGUGCGCUCCAAGGGAUCUUGCCCCGUGGUGAAAGAGUUGCCCUUCAUUCCUGAGGCCUGCUCCUUAAGUUCUUGCACCAACAGCACUCGGCUCAGCUUCUCCUUAGAUCAGCUCCAAGAGCUGACAUCCACCACGUGGGACCUUGAGUGCAAUGUCAAGCUUUGCUACAGUGAGAAAUGUGGUGCAGGAGGAAGAGUGAAGAGGAAUCUGGAGGUCACGCAGCCGUGUCUGCAACCGUCGACCCCACCGUGCUUUGAUUUUGGCCUGCCCGGUGUUCUGGGAAUUGCAUUUGGAGGCUUCCUUAUUGGAGUGCUACUUAUUGGAGCACUGUGGUUUAUCAGAAUUAAAACAGGGUACCCGGCCGGACUAGACAUGAGCUCAACUGCAGCCAAUCUUCCUGGAUGUCCCUGCUCGGGAGCAAAACGACAACCUGUUUCGACCAACCCUUCCCCGUCCGAGAACAGCAGCGCCAAUGCAAGCAUCGGAAGCACUCAGAGCACGCCGACCAGCAGCAUGGCAUGAGUUUACGGCGUUUUCCACCAGCAGGGCCACCAUCUCCCUUCAAAGUCAGCUGUACGGGUUUUGUGCUUUUGUUCUUUUUUUUUGUUUUUUUUUUUUUAAUUCAAUGCUUAAAAAGCAUUUCUCUCCUCUUUGCCUCAUUUGAAUACUUGUUAAAAAAAAAGAAGCACAACCCUUGUCUUUGACAUGUGAUGUCUGAAGUGGAUGUCUGGGAGUUUGUACAUGCGCGUGGGAAGGCCUGGAUGACGGGCCUCUGAUGCUCACCUUUGCAGCCUCUCUGUAAAGUCAAGCUCUCAGACAGGAAGUUAAAGAGGGCAAGAGGAAAAAAAAAAAAAAAAGAAAAAUUGGCUCCGAGCAACAGGAAAAACAAACCAUAUCCCCCAAGAGCUAACAGGAAAUUCGCCGCAUUCCUUUGAAUGAAUUGUGCUUCUGUGAUGGCAGCACAAUAAUAGUUAGACAGGAGACAAACCGGUCAAAAGACUGCCUUUGAAAAACAGAUGAAAAGCUGUUUUGCAUUCACAUCUAAGCUACACAAAUAUCAAGAGCUAUUGGCUAGGUCAGCCCCGAAAUGUACCUACAACAUCACAGGGACCAAGGCAGCCUAAAGGUUAGGAUCUCAGACUAGUCUGUACAUUCCUCUCUUCAAGUGGUAUUUCUCUUAAUUGGAGUUCAGUGUUAAUGGUUAACAGCUACCUCCUAUUAUAUCGAAGUCUGGCCUUAAGUCUUAACUUAAAACUAGAUUUCUCUGGUGAAAGAAAUAUUUUCUGCUUUAUUUUGUGUCACUUUUGAUGAAUGUUGUCGUGAACCUCUGGGUUAUUUGUAGCUCACAAAGCAAAGGUGCCGUUUUCAUGCCAUCCAACAGGUGUAUUGGAGCUGUCUUGUCAUUCCCGUCAGUUGUUGUCGGAAGUCACACAAAACUCUGCUUAUUUGCUAAUUACUCGACAAAACCCAUCCACAGUGUCAUUAAUGGUGUCAAGCGAGCAACAAAUUAUCAAUCAUCAAGGCAAAAAGUACUUUAAUAUGCCGGAUCAUAAAUCGUCACCUCUGUACUGUACGGUGUGACGUGCAGAGAUGUAUGGCUGUAUUCAGAGCUGACUAAUGCGCCCAUAAUGAGGAGUUAUUUUCAAAACUCUGCACAUCACUCUUCAGAUAUAACACUCACACACGGGCGGAAGCGCUACGCAUACAGCUGUGACCACAGGGUGGAGUUUCCCCAAAAUAGUCAGUGUGAAGGUCGAAUUCCAGUACUUUUCCUUUGCACAAUGCCUGUUUUCAUUGCAAUGUUAAAUAUUAGGCCUGGAAUCUACAAAAGAAUAAGAAUAUAUUCUGCCUUUGGUUUUUCUGUCACGCACCAGCCCUCGGUGUUCUUGGCAUACUGUUGAGGAUCAGGACUUGUCACUAAGCCUAUUUUGUUUUGUGUUUUUUUUUUUUUUUCAAUGUCUUUCUUUCAAAAGGUCAGCUACUGAGGCGCCACCAUAUUUUCUGAUCAAAAAAGAGAUAUUUUAAAGUUUUAAUCAUUGUGUGAAUUGUCACUGCGUACAGAGAAUAUGCUUUGAGAAAGUGGAGUUGUGUGAAUCAUCCUUGAUCUCUCCACGCACAGGAGGCGUCUCCUUGAUGAAACCACACUCUGAAAGGCUUUUUCCUUGGGACUG